GAGCUCACAACCCAACUUCCGGCAUCAGAUUAAACAUGGCUGCCGUUGAAGACCAAUAUUUUUACGAAGAUGAAGUCUACCGUAUUGACAAACGUGGGCAUAUUGAAUUCGGGAUGGUGCUUGAAAAUUCCGAACUUGUUAGCAGUGAUGAAAAUUCUGAUGGAGAAGAAGGAGCCGGGAUGAAGAAAGGACAAAUACGAGUGGCAUGGCACCCUUCUGGAGUCGAAGAAGUCAUUUCGGAGAAAAAGGUUGGGCUUGCUGACCGCUCACUGAUGCCCGGAGAUGUUGUAAGACGUAUGAUCAAAGGGAAAGAUACUCAGAGAGGUUAUUGUCGUGAUAUUAGUGUGACGGCUUGCGUUCAAGUUGUAGGAACUAAGCAGGUCAUACCGAAUGUUAAGAGUGAGCACCUUGUUCCUCUGGAGGAAUUUGCUGAAGAUAUUGCAGUGUGCUUGGACUCGUGGGUGGGUGGCAUCAAAAUGGUGCACUCCAAGCUUCACCUUUACUUGCCAGAUGCAGGGCCAGGAUCUCGCUGUGUGAUAAAUGAGCUGGAAGCGAAUGGUCUGGAUGAGUUUGAUGAAAAGAAGGACCCUGAUUCAGAAUUUCCACACCGCAGCGAUUAUUAUCCAGGCCAGGUCUUGUAUGGUCCUUUGCAUUGUCUUGAAUAUGCCAAUUGGACGCAAUGCACCAAGGACAUGAAAGCUCAAAGGAAUAAACCAAACAAAGUUGUCCAGGUCGUUGUUGAGGGAGUGGAGACAACCUCUGUUGGAGUCCAUUGGCAGUGUCGCGCGUACUCCAAGGAUGGGGCAGGAAAUGAUAAAGAGCAGCCCAAGUUUCUGGUGCAGGGAGACGACCUUAAAAGACUUAAACUCCUAAAUGUGUUCGAACCAUGCACCUUACAAGUAGGAGACAGAAAUUAUUAUAAUUUCCGUGAUGAAGACACUGUUAUCACCAAAGAACAGUGGAAACGCAAUCAGAGAGACCUUUUCCGACCAUUGUGCAAAGAUCGUGAUCGUGGUAGUGAGCGUCAGCCCCACCGUCGCUGCUCUUCCCAUAAGCACUCUGUCGUGAAUGGUCUGACCGCUAAGUCCUCUGGAACAGAGCCUGCGUCAAAAGCCAGCAACCGGUCAACAAAACAAAACCAAGACAUGGAUAUCAUGUCAUGCCAGGAUCCCAAGGCUGCUGAUACUGGCCUUCCACGUAGCAAAGAGCCCUCAACUGAGCAAAGUCGUAAAAAGCGUAUUACAGGGGAUUCAAAACUGAGUUACAAUCGCCUAAAGCUAGCAGAAAUGACUUCUGCCAAAUCGUCGUCUCAUUCUUCAAAGAGGCUGGCUACUGGUGAACCUAGAGUGGAAGAAUCAUCCCAUACUGAAGGGGAUGGUGAGUGUCGAGAAUCAGUUCCUGAAGAUAAAGAAAGUGAAGCAGUAGAGGACAAGGACCACUCUUCUGUCAAAGUCCACAAAACCAAUGCUAGUCAUUUAGUUUGUGAUGAAGUGGAUUUUGAUGAUGAAUACAGUACCUCAGAAGAGGCAUCCAUCAGCAGUGGAUGUAGCAGUACAGGUUCCCUUGGGUUAAAGAAAAGAGGCCCCGCUCUGAUGACCAAGGUAUUGAAAAAGAAGAAAUUGCGCCGUGCAAAGAAAAGGGCUCCGCAAGUUACCCUUGAACCUGGACUUCAAGUCGUCGUAGAAACACUUUCUACUUCAUCUGUAGCUGAUGUGAUUUGGCAGGAUGGUUCGGUAGAACGUGGUAUACCCUCGACUCAGCUGUACCCUAUUCAUCAUUUAGAUGAUCAAGAAUUUUUCCCUGGUGAUUUUGUUAUUGAAAACAAAGAUGAAAAUUCGUGUAUGCGAGUUUAUGGUGUCAUUCAAAGUGUUGAUCAUGCUGGGCGAACAUCAAAAGUGAAAUGGUUCAAGACGUACACUUCAAAUGAAGAACCACAGCCGUCACUCCUUGAAGAGAAUGAAGUCAGUGUGUACGACUUGAAAGAUCACCCAGAUUUUCAAUACCGCCCUGGUACUGUUGUAAUUCGUGUUGCUAACUUUGAAGGGGAAGAUGUUAAUUGCACUGCUGGCCAGGUGCUGGACAACUAUCCUGAAGGAAGGGUAAAAGUUUGGUGGGUAGAUGGUCACGUUUCAAUGUGUUGGCCUCAAGACUUGUACAAAUGUGGAGAGUAUGAUUCUGAGGAUGGAGAGCUGUGGGAAGAAACCAACAGUGAAGCAUCUUGGGAAACAGAAAGUGAAGAUACUGUAGCGGGUGAAGGAGAUAUCGAACCGGAAUAUGACUCCCUUCGUCCCAAACUGGCUGCAAAUAUUGAAAAAGCUCGGAUUGCUAUGUCAAGACUGGAGGAAAUAUUCACUCAAAACCCUGCCCUCCAGAAUACAGAUGUCAUGAGGCGGCUUCUGGAGGUUUACAAAGAUUGCCGGUAUCUUGACAAGCUAAUGAAUACAUCAUUCUUUCAUGAGAAACAUUUUGAGGGUUUGUUGGAGAAAGUUCGAGAGAGAGGCAGAGUCAAUGUUGCUCAGAGAGUUGCAGAUCAAGUGUCUCGGUUAUUUCACCCCAACAGCAUGACCUCGAAUAACUCUGUAUCAGAUCCUGAUGCUGAGUCAUUCCCAGAGUUGGCUCUCACAAUGCAAUUGGCCGAGCAGAUCAAUGAACUUGUCCAAGCUCAGUGCUCUGCUGCUCAAUCUCCUCCAAAAAAUUCAAACUAUUUCCUGGAAAAGUUGUAUGAACACCACUAUUCCUUGAAGAGGGUUUCUCAGCACAUCAGACAGCUCUUCCAAAACUCAUUGUGCCCACGAAACAAUAGCCAGGAUAAAGAUGCGUGUAACAAUGAAAAGCAAGAUGGCUCCUCUUCACAAGAACGCUACCGUAUUCUUGGCGAGGCCAAAUUUAAUGCGUGUGAUUUUGGUGAAAGUGAUUCCAAUAAGACAUAUACUCUACGUUUGAUAUUUGUGCACCCUGAAGAUCCUGUCGCGACUCCUGUCAAAGCCUCAAGCUCGGGCGCGGGUGCCUCCUCAUCCCCACCACCUGCUGUUAACCGGGCCCCCUCUCCCACUUUGGAUGACACGUCACCAAAGCUUACUGAAGAACCCAGUUCUGAUUGUGAUGCCCCUGAGAGUGACAGACAGCAACAAAGUCUUCCUGAUAAAAUUACUUCUGGAGAGUUUUUGGCAGAAAGCCUGUCAAGCUUAGAAAGAAGAGUUUCUGUUGCUGCAGCAGCUGCUGUUGCCCCAGGAUCCACACGGAAACUAGCAAGAAGGAUGUCCAGUAUUCUUAGUAAAUUUGGCAGUGUGAGAUGUGAAUUGUUGGUUGGUGAUGAGGUUGUUUACAGUAAGGAUUUAGGAACCCCAAGGCUUCGAACCAAUCAAUGCCCAACUGUUCAACCCUCACUCCCCAGAGUUAGCUCCUUAGACACCUCACAAGAAGAGUCAUGCUCUUCGUCUCAAACAACUGAUGAAUUAGCUGUGGCAUCAUCUGUGGAAAGUGCCGAAGAUCCAAAUGUAUCUGCUGAAAGUGCUGCAGCCAAUAGUAAUAAUGCAGUCUGUGUGAGGCUGUGUUCAUUGAUUAAAGCACAGUUAGUGAAAGCUCAUGCUGAAGUAACUCGAAGGUAUGGUGGUCAACAACUACCCAUGACAUUGAGUGAUGCAGCCAAUUCAGUAUCACCAGGAAGUAACCCAGGAGAAGAGGUGGAAAGUAUUAACUCUGCAGUACCUCCGGUGUUGGAAAGCUCAGCAGAUACCGUUGAAAUUGUGGAUGAUGUUCCACCUGUUGACUUGGAUACAUCUGUGCCAGAACCUGAAAAGGCUGCAGAUGUUGGUUUACCUCAGCCCAUGCCUCUUGCUGAGGAAGAAAAUGGAAGUUUCUCUAUUGAAGACUGUGCUCCUAACAGCCAUAAGUUCAAACUCACUAUGUUCCAACCUGUGGACCAUCAGAGUUUUUAUCGUACUGUUCGUAAGGAAAUAAAACUGCUUCGGUCGGCCUUACCAUGUGGCAUUUGGGUGAAAGGAUUCGAAGAUAGAAUGGAUCUGUACUCUGUGAUGAUUCGUGGGCCUGAAAAAACUCCUUAUGAAGAUGGAUUGUUUUUGUUCGACUUUCAACUGUCUCCAAACUACCCUAAUGAACCACCUCUCUGCCAUUACAUCAGUUAUUGUAGUGAUAGAUUAAACCCUAAUCUUUAUGAAGAUGGUAAAGUUUGUGUCAGUUUACUAGGGACCUGGAGUGGUAAAGGGACAGAGCUUUGGUCAUCAAGUUCAAAUCUUCUUCAAGUUAUUGUGUCUAUCCAGGGUUUGAUACUCGUUAGUGAACCCUACUUCAAUGAAGCUGGCUAUGAAAAGCAGAAGGGCAGUCAACAGGGUCGCGAGAAUUCCCGCAUGUACAAUGAAAUGGUCAUUUUAAAACUGGUUCAGGCUAUGUCAAAGCUGGUUCAGCACCCUCCUCCAGUCUUUGAAGAAGACAUACGAGCUCAUUUUCAACAUCAUGCUCCCAGGUUUGCUUCCCGCCUAAAUAAGUGGUUGGAUGUUUCGGACCAUUAUAACAAUUCUCAUCCCCUCUCGCCCACUACACCUACAUCUUUCAAAGAAAUAACUGGAGAAGAACUUGCUUUACCAGAGUUUCCUUUGAUACCUGCCUCUAAAGGAUUUUGUUUAACGCUGAAGAAAACAUUAUCUUUCUUCAAAGAGGUAAUUUCUUCAGUCGGUAUCAUCCCCGCCGAAACGGAAGAACCUCAUUCUGAGUCACACCUGGCCCUCCCAACUGGUUCAAAUGCUAGUUAGCCUUCUUAAGUGAUUAACUUAUAGGUAAUUACUUGCUCACUCUCCAAAAGAGGUACCAUGUGACUGUUACUUAACAAAUCUCUACUGCCAACAUGGUUUUUUGAGAGGAAAUGAGUUCCUAAUGUCAGUGCUUUUCAAGACUUAAAUUUACCUUUUUAGGCAAUGCCCUUUUGUAGGGGAAUGCUGGAGUUCAUAUCUUACUGUAAAUCUCUGGAAAGUUUUUGGAAAGUUUCAGUCUGCUUGAACCAUGCCAUUUAAAUAGAGAUUCUGUUGGUGAUUUUAAGCUUAGCUUUAAUUUCAUCCAGACUGUAAAAAUUUAUCUAAGUUUGUUAAAAAAAAUAUAUAUGUCUUUCAGGUUGCUUUCCUUGUGGAAAGGAUUAUGCACACUUUGGUGGCAUGUGAAAGCACAAAUGCCUGAUUUUAAUAAUAAUUGCUGUCUUACUAGUCAGUCAGGGAGGGUUAGUGCAGCACUUUGUCACAAAAUUUGUAUUUUCAUGAGAGGUACACCACUUGGUCAAUAUUUUUGAUUUUGUGAUUUGUUGUUUUUUCUCUUUUUGCAAAAGUCAGCAAGUAUUGCUGAUUUUGUGAUCUGUUGUUUUAUUACUAUUUUGAAGUUAGCUUUAAUUAAUCAUGGAAGGAUGUGAAGAGGUGACAUCUGCCACUUCUUGUGCUGUUAUUGUUCUGUACACAUUUACUGUGCGACCUUGACCUGUGGUGCGUGGAAUGAUGUUAUCAUAUGCCAUUUAAUGUAUUUGUGGAUAUGUAUUUUGUGAUGUAGGUAUAAUUAUUUAUGAGUGAAUAGACUUGUUCAUUUUUUUCUAUUAGAUUCUCAUAUUAUUUGUAUUCACUUUCUUACUAAGAAGUGACUCAUAAAUGAUUAUGCAUAAGAGGAAAGAAAAGUCCUGACUUGUAAAAAUGUAGCAAAAAGGAAAGAAAUAAUUCAGAUUCAUAGUACUGUAAAUAAAAUUCCUUUUUUCGAACUUGUGGCUGUUUUAAUAAAUUUUUUUAAGUUUUUAGUGUAUGGUUCAGAUCAGUUUUAUUGCAGAAAACUACAAGUCAUUGAAACUUUACCCAGUUUUAAUUAAAAUUGUCUUUGUAUUCAUGUUUUGGUUUGUUUUCGGUGACAUUUGAUAGUCCAGUUUAGAAAUUGCAUCAUGCAUUUGUCAUUAUGAAAUUCACAUUCGAUUGCCACCUGAACUUUGUUUUGUUUUGUGUGAUGCUGGAAAUAAACUUGUUUGUUGAUUUAUCUCGA